AUGUCAAGAUUUAUUUUGAAUAACUUUGACUGGGUUUCAAAGAUUCAAGAUCUUUUCGAAUCGUUGACAGAACAAAAUGCUGUGAUAGUUGCUGAUGAAUUAAUGCUUGAAUGUGAAUGCGAUCACGAAAUAAAAUUCAAAAUUCUCGCAAAAGAGUUCAUAUAUUCAUCAAUCGCUCAGCCUCAAAAUGUUGACAGUAUAGUAGCUGUUUUAAGCUAUAUCUUUGAAAAUUAUGCCAAAGAUUUCGAAAUUGAUUUCCAAGAAAUUUUAGUUAGCCAAAUUAAAACUGCGAUUAAUCAAGCGAAGUACUUCGGAAACUUGAUAAACAUUCAUUACUUCUUAAAGCAAUGUUUAGUUUUAGGAAUUUUCCAAAAAUCGGAUCUCAAAGAAGACUUGUUUGAUGUUUCAAACAUUACAUUCACAUUUCCGCCAGAUUCUAUAGAGUACAUAAUCAAAAACGAUAAUACUGAUCGCUUAAUUGAAUAUUUAGAAGAAGGAUUAAUCCAAAAAGAUUACAAAAGCCAGAAAAAGUGUUUCGAACUUCUUCAUGUAGAACAGCAUAAUCCUGAUUUACUUCAAUUGGCAGCACUUUAUGGUUCAUUAAACUGUUUUAAUUACUUAAAAAGUAUUAAUGUACCUUCAGAUCAUGUCAAUGACUACGCAAUUGCCGGAGCUAACAAAGACAUUCUUAGUUACUGCGUAAAACUUGAAAAUAACUUAUAUGUUGCUGUAAUUACAAGAAAAUUCGAAUCUCUUAAGUUCAUUAUACAGAAUUUUAUGAAUCCUAUAGAUCCUGUCUAUCCUAUUCUUGAUAAAGCUUUCAUGUACGCAUGCAUAGAAGGUCAUUAUCGUAUGAUUAAUGAAUUAUAUAAUAAUAAUGCGAGAACUUUCUUUGUUGAGAACCAUAUGAACGCAAUCUAUGGUUCUAUACUUAGAUCUCAUGUCGAUAUUGUUGAGUUCCUCUCGAAAAUACCUCAAACACCAAUGAAUGAAAUUGUAAACGGUCAAACUCCAAUUUUAACUGCAGUUGAAAACAACGAAAUAGAAAUUGUUCGAAUUCUUUCAUCAAGGGAAGAUAUAAACUAUCAUUUGAUGCUAAAAGGAAAAACACCUCUUUAUAUCGCAGCUGAAAAGAACUUAAAAGAAAUUGUUUCAAUUCUUUCUAAAACUAAAAAUAUUGAUUUAAACGAAGGUGACCAAAAAGGAGACACUCCUUUAGCUGUUGCAAUUAGAAAUGGUUAUCAUGACAUUGUUGAAGAACUUGCAAUGAUUGAAACAACGGAAAUUAAUAAGAAAGACGCAAAUGGAGAAACUCCUUUAUUUGUUGCUAUUUCAACAAAGAAAAAUGAAAUCGCAAUGACACUUUUAUCGUUUGAAGAUAUUGAUGUCUCUGUUUUAACUAAUUUCGGUGAAUCUUGUUUUUUGGCAAGCUGCUUGACUGGAAAUUUCGAAAUUAUGGAAAUAAUUUAUCAGAGAAAUCCACAGUUAUUAACUGUCUCUGAUAACAAUAACAUGUCACCACUUAUUGCGGCAUCUAUUUCAGGAAAUGAAAAAAUAGUGAAGUUUUUACUUGAAAAAGUGACAGAUGUGAACUGUUGUGACAUUCAAAAUCAAAAUGCAUUGUAUCAUGCUUGUGAAAAUGGAUAUUUAGAAAUUGCAAAAAUGAUGAUCGAAAAAGGUUGUAAGAAAAACGUUAUUUCAUUAAAUAACUACAAUUGCUUUACAAUCGCUGUUUGUCGUGGACAUUACGAUGUUGUUGAAUUACUUAUAAAUGAUAAAGAUAUUGACAAAUCUGUCAAAGAUUGGACAGGAAGAAAUAUUUUAUGUCUUGCAGCUUCAAAUAAUCAACCAAAGAUUUUGUCUCUUUUACUUGAAAAAUUAGAUAUUGAUGUUAAUGAGAAAGAUAAUUCAGGAGAUACAUCAUUGUUGGUUGCAUCUCAUUUAGGAUAUUUCGAUAUCAUGGAAAUUCUCAUUAAAAAUGACAAAACAGAUAUAAAUGUCAAAAAUAAAAAAGGACAAUCAGCUUUUGUUUUGGCAGCAAGAAUUCCAAAUACUCAAUUCAUGGAAUUGUUCUUCACCAAUAGUAAAUUCGUGUUGGAUGAUGAACAGAAGAAAUUGGCAGCAAUCGAAUGUGCAAAAUAUGGUAAUUUGCAAAAUCUUAAAUACUUGAGAGAUAAAGGUGUUGAAUUUAAUGGAGAUGUCUUUGGAGAAGCUAUUUUAGGUGGAAAUCAAGAAACAAUUGAGUUCCUGUCUAAUUAUUGUAAAGAUUUUUCACCGCACAUUGAUCAUUUCCUCAAGUCAAUUGAAACAGAAAACUUCGAGUUGUUUGAAUUACUAUCUAAAAUAUCUACUUCUUGUUUCACAAGGAAAACAUCUAAUGGUGAUUUGUUGCUGCAUAAAUGUGCUGAAAAAGGAUUGAACAAUUUCAUUGAAAUCAUUCUUAAUGAUGACAAAGUUGAUAUAAAUACACAAAACAACAAUGGCCAAACAGCGUUUUUGCUUGCAUGUAGAAAUGAUCAACUUUCAACUGUUGAAUUUUUGAGUAAUUAUGAUAAUAUCGACAUGGAAAUUGCUGGUAAAGGUAAAAGAACUCCCCUUUUUAUGGCAGCUUCUUAUGGAAACUCUGGAAUUGUUGCAUUCUUGAUUGAAGCUGGUGUGAAUGUCAACACAUAUUCUGUUUAUGGAGAAACUCCUCUUUACGCAGCUUGUAGCCGUGGAUUUGCAUCUGUUGUAAGAUCUCUUAUUGCUAUUGAUUAUGUUGAUGUUAAUGCUGUUGCAGAGAACGGAAAUACUCCUUUGUUCACUGCUACAAUUAAUAACCACGAAAAUGUUGUUGCUUUACUUCUCACAAGGGAAGAUAUUAAUCCAAAUAUUCCUGAUAAAACAGGAGAAACUCCCCUUCAAAAUGCAAUUGCAAACAAAUUUACAAACAUUGUUAAGAUGAUUGCAGAUAAACUUGGUUUCGAAUUACCAAAAGAAGAAUGCCAUUGUCAUGAUGAAUGCGAACACCAUCAUAAUCAUGACUACUGCACAUGUGUCCAUUGUCAUUGA